ACGACGGAGACGUUUGGGGCAGCGAUGGAGAAGUAUGAGAAAAUCAAAGUUGUCGGAAGAGGAGCUUUCGGGAUCGUUCACCUGUGCCGCAGGCGCAGCGACGGGGCCUUUGUCAUCCUGAAGGAGAUCCCAGUGGAACAGAUGUCACGAGAUGAGCGCCUGGCUGCUCAGAACGAGUGUCAGGUCCUGAAACUGCUCAACCAUCCAAAUAUCAUAGAAUAUUAUGAGAACUUCCUGGAGGACAAGGCCCUCAUGAUAGCUAUGGAGUAUGCACCAGGUGGAACACUGGCUGAUUACAUACAGAAGCGCUGUAAUUCUCUACUGGAUGAGGACACCAUCCUUCACUUCUUUGUACAGAUCUUACUUGCCCUGUACCACGUCCACAACAAACUUAUCUUGCACAGAGACCUCAAGACGCAGAAUAUUCUUCUGGACAAGCACCAGAUGAUCGUCAAAAUUGGAGAUUUUGGCAUCUCCAAAAUCCUUGUCAGCAAGAGCAAAGCUUACACGGUGGUCGGGACUCCAUGCUACAUCUCCCCAGAGCUGUGUGAGGGAAAGCCAUAUAACCAAAAGAGUGACAUCUGGGCUUUGGGCUGCGUGCUCUAUGAGCUGGCAAGCCUUAAGAGAGCAUUCGAGGCUGCUAAUCUACCCGCCCUCGUUUUGAAGAUCAUGAGUGGAACAUUUGCUCCGAUUUCAGACCGGUACAGCCCUGAACUCCGCCAACUCAUCCUCAACAUGCUCAAUCUGGACCCAUCCAAACGGCCUCAACUUAAUGAAAUAAUGGCUCUCCCCAUAUGCAUCAGGCCCCUGCUUAACCUCUACACAGAUAUAGGCAACGUCAAAAUGCGCAGGAUUGAGAAACCACUGUCUACUGUGCAAACUGGUCCUCAAGGAAGACCAGGAGGCAGAGUUCCUACCAACAGGUCCAGAGAUGGAUCGAUUGGUUUAGGGUCAGGGAAGGUGCAUUCCCUCCCGCUGUCCUCGGUGUAUACGUGGGGAAGUGGAAUCUCGGCUCCCCUCCGCCUGCCGAUGCUCAACACUGAGGUGCUGCAAGUGUCUCUGGGCCGCACUCAGAAGAUGGGAGUGACCAAGUCCGGCCGUCUGAUUACAUGGGAGGCCCCAUCAGUCGGGUCUGGUGAAGCCAGUCUGCCCGGUGUGGUGGAACAGAUGCAGCCUCAGUUCAUUUCACGUUUCCUUGAGGGACAAUCUGGAGUCACCAUCAAGUCUGUGUCCUGUGGGGAUCUUUUUACCACCUGCAUGACAGACAGGGGCAUUAUCAUGACAUUUGGAAGUGGGAGCAAUGGCUGUCUAGGACACGGUAACUUCAAUGAUGUAACACAGCCUAAGAUAGUUGAGGCACUCCUCGGCUAUGAGCUGGUUCAGGUGUCAUGUGGUGCUUCCCACGUACUCGCUGUGACCAAUGAAAGAGAAGUAUUUGCCUGGGGAAGGGGAGACAAUGGUCGCCUCGGGCUAGGCACCCAAGACACCCACAACUCUCCACAGCAGGUGUGUUUACCUGUGGAAUUUGAGGCCCAGAGAGUGGUGUGUGGAAUUGACUGCUCCAUGAUUAUUAGCACCCAGUACAGCAUUGUGGCAUGUGGAAGCAACAGGUUCAACAAGCUCGGGCUGGAUAAAAUAGCAGCCGGAGAUGAACCAAAUCCCUCGAAUCAGGUGGAAGAAGUUCAUUCUUACACUCCUGUCCAAUCAGCGCCACUGACCAGUGAGAAGAUUGUUUACAUUGACAUUGGGACAGCCCAUUCGGUUGCUGUUACAGAAAGGGGUCAGUGUUUUACCUUCGGCAGCAACCAGCAUGGCCAGAUGGGCUGUAGUUCCCGUCGUAGCAGCCGUGUACCCUACCUGGUCCCCGGGCUGCAGGGCAUCACCAUGGCUGCCUGUGGAGACGCCUUCACCUUAGCUAUUGGAUCUGAGGGGGAGGCGUACACCUGGGGAAAGGGGGCCCGCGGCCGCCUCGGCAGAAAAGAGGAGGAUUCUGGGAUACCGAAGGCGGUGCAGCUCGACGAGAGUCACCCAUUUGUGGUGACAUCAGUGGCUUGUUGUCAUGGCAACACUCUGCUGGCAGUGAAACCUUUGCUUGAGGAACCUGUCCCGAGAUGAUUUUGUCCUAAAAGGGAGCCCACAUUGGUCAUGAAGCCCUGCAGUGGUAUGAGGUGAAGGACAGCUUCCUUUGAAUAACGCCUCCCAGAGGCCCAUCUGUGCUGCAUUUGAAAGAUUCCCUUUCAUGCUGCAGCUGCGGCCUCACACUUUCUCUCGGUCUUCCUCUCUAUCGAGCCUUUCUUUUUUCCUCAUUCAAGAAUGAAUGUUUGUUUCAUUUGGUGGAUUAACACCAUGGAGCACAGAAAAAGGUCAGAACCUGUGUGCUGCAGCAGGUGUGUCUAACAACAGGUUUGUUAAAGGAAUGUUUCUGAAGCUGGAUAACAGGAAGUCAUUAGGCAGCUGUCAUGUGGUGAACUUUUGUCCUGUCUCACGUGCAGGCUUAGCAUGAUAAAGACCAGUUAAAGUCAAACUGGUUUGAGCUCUUUUAAGACACUGGUGAAUGAGAUGAUCCAAUACACACAAACGAAAAAAAUGAAAGCCACUUCAGUGUUUAGUAAGUCAUCAGUCAAAUGACCCAAACACAUUAAUCUCGACGACGUCGUCAGUGGUCACAUUGUGCUUUAUUGGAUUAGUCCUCGAAUACAUUUGUAACUGAACAGCAGAGGUCAAACCAGAUAACGAUGUGUUGUUUACGGUCCAGCUGAACUUAAUGACUGCGUCUGAAAUCACUCCCUUGUUCACUCAUUCACUACAGCCCAUAUAAUACACAAUCAAUAGUUUAAAGUGUGCAGUGAAGCAAGAUUUCAGCCACAUAUGAGUCAUCUUCGUUUUGCUUCAUCACUGACAUCUGUUCCAUUGUGGCACUGCUAGCAGAGACCGGUGCACGCACCAUGUAUGCUACUGUUUUUGUUCCAUUGUAGGAAUCUUUGAGGCCAUAAAUAUAGAAAUAUAAAGUAUAAAUGUCACUCACAUAUAAUGGAGCGAUUUCAGACACAGCCUUUGUGGUUUUUUUUAUGAAAUGGUAUAUGUAUUAUGCAAACUGUAUUAAUAGGAUGAUCCUAGACUGUUGAGAAAACAAAAUGUGCCUAUCAGUGGUGAAAGAAGUACUAGUUAUUGAUGCAUUCAUGUGUAAAUGUCACUGACAUUGCUGCUGGUAAAGGUGGAGCUAAUUUUAAGUACUUAAUGUACUGUCCCAUGCCCUAUUCUAUCAUAAUACAUCACAGUUUAUUAGUUGGUGAUGUUUUGUAUUCAUAACCUUGAAUCUGCAAAGUAACUAGUAAGUAAAGGAAUCAAAUAAAUGAAGUGGAGUAGAAGGUUAAACUGCCAUAAAAUGCAAAUACCUCAAAAUGAGUAAAUGGACUCAGUCGCCUUCCACCACUAGCGAUUUUGUAGUACAUGAAGUGUUUUUAUAUUACCAGUUACCAUGACAUUUUCUGCUGUCAAAGCUUUCGUUGUCAUGAUUAAAAGGAGAAGAAGGAUCUGAGAGUCUUCAGACAGAAUCUGUCUGUUAUCUGCUCUGUCAGAGAACAUGAUGUUAGUCGCUGCUAAUGCUAGUCUGGAAACAAAGAGUUAAACAUCCUCAUCAUGACCGGGAAGGUGGACUUUAAAAUAAAACAAGUUGUACAUGAGCAGUUUUAGAUUAAUAAGUAACUUCAAGUAUGAUGCCAAAUUUCUCAGUGACAGGCUUUGCUUUAUUCUGCCUACACAGUCCCCAUUAUUCUCACAUUAAUCACCCAGUCACACAUUAAUCUGUGUAAUGUCCACAGAGCUGGUAUCAGUUGAUAUGAUUAUUGUAACUGUUGUUGUAUUUCCUGUUAAACUGCACAUUAAAAUGCAUUUUUAAAUCAAGAUUCUAGUAAGAUGUCAGAUAUUUUUCCAAAUAUAAUUACGCUUUUGAAGUCAUUUCUCUGUACUGAAGAUGUUUUUAGACCUUUUCUGAGGACAUGGAUCGUUUACUAUUGUUGUCUCAUAUGAUGAUGUAAUGAUGAUGUAAUCCGGUGGCAAUACAGCAGGUGAAAAAUGAUCUAAAUAUGUGGAUGUUGCUCUUUAUU